UUGUCAGACAGCUCUGGAGCAGCCAUGGCUAUGCUGAGAGUGUCGUCGUACCGCAGGCUGUUUGAAGAGGAGCAGUGGAGCCAGACUGCAGUGGUCAGUCAGCGCUGUGGAGCCCAGCUCCUGCGCUCUUCUGGCAGGGGUGGACUGUUGGUGAUGGAGUGUCCUGAGCCGGACUUUGCUGCAGCUCAUGCUCUAAACAGGGAGGGUGUGGUGCAGUUUGCCCGAGAGCGCUCCAUAAUCGCCGCCCUCAACGAUCGCCUGGCCGGCCUUAUCGAUGUGGUACGCUGUCUGGAGGAGGAGAAUGAGUCUCUGGAGGUUCAGAUCAUUGAACUGGAGAAGAGACUGGGAGCCAGGCCGAGCUCCUCCACCUCCCUCAGCGUCAGCCGCCCCACGGACUCCAGCUUGGAGGCUGUCAUCGAGAGACUACGCAGAGAAAAGGAGAAGAUUUUAUGCGACACAGAAGAGCUGAAGAAAGAGCUACGGACUGUGCAGAUGAAGUAUGACAAGGUCGUGGAGCAGCGGAGUCUCAUCCAGCUGGAGCGCGAGGAUGUUGCCGUGGAGGUUGAUGAAGUCACUGCCGACUGCCUGGCACUCGGAGAACAAGUGGCCAUCUAUGAAGAGCAGCUGGCUGAAAUGGAAAGACAGCAUGAGUUGAGGGUUGAGAGCCUGUCUGAACCUGAGACUGGAGAUAAAGGAGCUCCUACUGUGGCUUUGCAGUUCCCCUCCAUUGACAUCACUCCAGCCGUCAUGGAUAUCAAGGAGUACUACUGCCAGCUGGCUGAGAGCCUACAGUUUGAGUCCAGGUCCUCUGCUGUUGCCGCCAUCACAGCUGGAGGAGAGGAGAAGGGGAAGCAAUUGGAAAAACUGACCAGAGGGGAAAUAAAGGAUGUCUCCAAAGUGACUGACGUGAACGCUCUGAAAGAUUUGAUCGCAGAGCUGCAGAAGGAAGUAGCUGAGCUGGGGAAGUAUGGUGAGGAACUGGAGGCAGAGAUUGAAGCAAGGAGAGAGGCUCAUCUUCUGAAGAUAGAGGAGCUGGAGGCCUGCAUCUGCCAGCUGGAAGAUGAAGAAGCUGACCUGCAAGGGCAAAUAAAAGAGCAGACUGAAGACUAUGAGGAGCUGCUCAAUGAGAAGAUGGCACUGGACAUAGAAAUUGCUGCCUACAGGGGUUUGGUGGAGGAGGAGGAGGAGAGACUUUGCUACCUGUGAGUGGACGAGAGUGGGGACAGAGAGAGAGAGAGACCCAGACACAGACGCUCUCCUGUGGAUUGCUGCAGAAAAAGUGAAAAGCUAAUAUAGACUUACUUCAGCCGUAUAAGUGAGUCAGACAAGCUAAAAAAAGGCCAAGCAUCAGACACACAGCCAUUUGAGCAAAUGCAGACCUCCAACAACAGAUAAAUGGCAUCUGGGCUGUCUUUCCAGACCAUUGAUAAUGCUUGUAACAGUCAGUGGCAUGUAAUCUCAGGUCCUGAAAGACAGUCCUGACAGUGCCAUGUGGCUGUGGUGGUGGGAGGUUCUGUAUCUGUAUCUAGGAUGAGCAUCCAGAAUUUUCAAGGCAAGAAUCCAGUAUCAGGGUUUCUGUCUGAGAUUAUGCCUUGGAGGUCUAUAGGUCAGGAUCACUGGCCAACUCACACCCUCCAAACCUCCUACAACACAGCUCAUGCGCACACACCCACUCACUUACUUAUGGUUCUGUUGAAUCGCCUGCUGAUUCUCAUCACACCACACUCAAACUCUGACCAAUUACAACCUCUUAACCUUUGCCCUAGUCUGCACUGUCCAAAACACUAUUGGAUGACUCCUGAUAAUAAGCCUUGGUUGUACACACUCGAGCCCUGAAGCAGUCUGUUUCAGGGAUAUCUAUUAUAGUGUCCAUUAUUUCAUUUAAUUGCCUUGUUUUGAAGUGAAUUCAUGUUUUUAUUUCUGCAUUAUUCAGUCAUUGAGAUGUAAAAGUCAUUCAGAGUGGUUUGAUAUGAAAUGGUUUAUUGUAGAGAAACUUGCUAACUUCUGGAGUUCUUUACAGGCUGCUGAUGGGAAUCAGAGAUUGUGGUGUCUACAACACAAAACACAGCAAUUUUAUUUGGUGUUCAAAAUGACCAGUGAACCUAGGCUGGUAAUGGUAAAAAUAGUGUUAAAUUUGGGUACUAUUUGUCCUUACAAUGAUCUGCAUGCGUUUUAGCCCAAUACCUAACCGCAAAACUAGUGUAAAACAGUGUUUCAGCCUUCAGGCCACAUAUCUGUAAUCAUUUUUGUGUAAUAACUUUUGUGAUGACUUUACAUCUGUAUGUUUGGUUCCUUUAAUCCAGAUUGUCCACAUGGUUGCAUCCUAGUUCUUGUUCACGUAGCGUUCACGCUCACAUAUUUGACGCUGAACCAAAAGUUGUAAACACACAUGCAGUUAUAAGCAGAAAAAGUCACAGCUGAUUGGGCAGAUUUUUAUCAGAAUCAGAUUUCUUGUAUGUUGACACACACAAGGAAUUUGGUUCCAGCUGUUCAUGUUUAUGACAUAUAUCUGGCAAUCUUUUGGAAUCGUGCUGUACUCUAGACUAAAUGAGUUUGUAGAUUUUAUGUAUGCAUUACUGUGGUUUUCCCACAACAUGGAGUAAACUGACAGUUUUGAAUAGCUUACUGCUUUUAUAGUGGAAAUUUGGCACA